UCUGUGACGUCAUUAAAUAGUAUGUUAUGUACAGUGGAUUUACAUAAUAUUGUAAACAGUAUGUGUUUACAUUUCAGGUGUUUGGGAACUAAAAUAGUGGUCAUUGUCGGCGCUUUUCAGAUGUUACAGUUAUUUGUUGCAGAUAAAAGUGAAGGCAGUCUUAAAGUAUGAAGUCGUCGAGUUGUCUUUUUGCAGCAAUGCUGUGCAGUGUGAUCGCGAUAUCUGUCACCAAAGCAGAUUGCGGGGAUCCACCAAGUAUUCCGAAUGCUACUAACAACGGUACUGCUACCUCGCCUUACCAACAAGAUACCACCAUACGCUAUGAUUGUGAACUCGGAUAUAAUCCAGUGGGAACCAGUCGCUUUUACACUUGUUCCGGUACAACAUGGACGGACGGAAACUUCCGGUGUGAACAAAUUUACUGUUCGCAUGUUGAAACACCAGAAAACGGACGAUUAGAGAACACGCCAACAUACGAAGUUGGUACAGUUAUUCAAUUUGCUUGUAAUGAAGGCCAUGCGAUGUCCGGUCAAAAUAAAAUGCUAUGUCGCAUAGAUGGUGAGUGGCUACCUUCAACGCCACCGACAUGUACCGCAAGGGAUUGUGGGGAAUUCGGGUCAAUACAAGACGCAGAUUUAUUCCAGGAUAACUCUUAUAUUGAAAGAAAUCACUAUGGUAGUGUCGUACAGGUCACGUGCCUUGAUGGGACGACUCUCAUAGGACCAUCACAAGUUAGAUGUCAAGCAAAUGGUGAAUGGGGAUUGAGGCCAACAUGUGAAGACGUGCAGUGUCCACCAUACCCAAAUACAAACUCGCCGUGUAUUUCAGAGUUACAAACUUUUGGUGUUUAUCUCUUUAUUAAUUGUAAGGAAGAUGUAUCUACACAUUUUGGACCAAAUGCUGCGGAGUGUAUAUCAGGUCAGUGGGAUACCACAGAGAUGGGAUGCUUAUGUGAUUGUAUAAUACCAGAGUUCAACUAUUCCCCUAUAACAUUUACAACUCUGAACAGCCACGGUAACCUGGCCCAUGCCACUGCAUUGGAAUGGACAUGCCAUACCGGACGGUCCAAAAUCUGA